AUGAAUCUUAAGGAAGAGUUAGAAUGCUUGGAAGAGGUGUCGGAAGGCAGAGAGUUAACCGAAGAGGAGGAGUGGACCAGAUUGGAAUGCCUUAAAAAUCUGAAGGAGAUCGAAGGUUACAAAUUGAAAGAUAUUAAACAAAGAGCUAGAGUUAGAUGGGAUUUGGAAGGUGACGAAAAUACAAAGUUCUUUCAUGGAUACAUCAAAAGUAGGAGGGCCUUCAAUAAUAUUCUGGGCCUUAUGAUAGACGAAGUAUGGACCACUAAACCUUCUAUGAUUAAAAAAGAGAUUAUGAGAUUCUUCAGAAGGGCUUUCGAGGAAAAAGUUAGAGAUAGACCUAAACUCAUAUGCCAGAACAUUAGGUGUCUGUCGGAAGAGGACACAGUAUCUUUGACGGUUCCUUUCAGCAAAGAGAAGAUUAAACACGCGGUAUUCGAAUGUGGCUCGGACAAAGCUCCAGGACCGGACGGUUUUAACUUCAAAUUCAUUAAAAGGAAAGGUACUAUAGCAGCGGGAUGCAGUUCUUCCUUCAUAACUCUCAUUCCGAAAAACAAAGAUCCUGUGGGGCUGAGAGAAUACAGACCUAUUAAGAAUUUUUAUAGAAGAUUGUUGUUGUGGAAAGCUAAAACUUGA